AUUCACUCUACAAUUCAAAUAUGCCAACAGUUGGAUCAACGCUGGCUGCUGAGGUGGCAGAGAUCUUGGAUCAAGCCCACAUCCCUCAUCUUCUCUGGGGCUCUUUGGCGAUUGCUCUGGUCGGGCUUAACCGCCAUCCUCUACGACUCGAAUUCAUCGUUCCAGAUGAACAGAUCCAGCCUGCCUCCGAAGUCCUCUAUGAGGCUGGCUUCUGCCUCUGUGCCAAUCCAGGCUGCCCUGACCUUCGCAUCGACCAAUUCUACCCUAUCGCCGACGUGCACUUCCAUCUUGAGGGCAUGACCGAUGAGCACCGCAUCCUCUCCCUCUUCACAAAGUCUAGUGUGGUCUGGUGGCUCCCAGACCUCUCUCUAUCCCACCCCCCCGAGGAUGAUCCCUACUUUAUCCUCUCUACCUCGCCCCGACUCCCAUCACGUCAAAGAUACGGCGCCUCAGGCCCCUGGACCCAUCUAUACCCAAUCCGCCUCCUCAACCCGAAUGCUAUGACUGAGGCUGUCAUCAUGCUUAAUAUCCGGGACCUUUACCAGCCAAAUGGGAUAGAGCAACACUGGCACUAUAUGCUUAUUGACCUGAUGGAGGAGCGUGAGACCCCUGAAGCGAGUGUUAAAAAGACCCUCCCACCGCGUUUGACGUUGUUUUGGGAGAAUUACAACCGUCUCGCUGAGGACUGGGUGAUCAGUCCGCUGGAGAUACUGAAAGAGCUCCGCAGGGAAAUGGUGGCUAAUAAUGAACUGCCGCCGCCGCCGGCGUACAAUGCGUAUGGGUCGAUCGAGGAGGCGAGACUAAACGGGUGUGACCUUUAG